CUCGCGGCCCGGGCAUGGCGGCCACCAUGGGCCCGCACGGCUCAGAGACGGAGCGUCUCCUGACCCCUAGUCCUGGGUACGGGACCCAGGAGGGGGCCUCCACGGCUCCGCUCACUCCACCGGAAGAGGAAGACCUCCGCCGCCGUCUCAAGUACUUCUUCAUGAGUCCCUGUGACAAAUUCCGGGCCAAGGGCCGCAAGCCCUUCAAGCUGAUGCUGCAAGUGGUGAAGAUCUUGGUGGUCACCGUGCAGCUCAUCCUGUUCGGGCUCAGCAACCAGCUGGUAGUCACUUUCGGGGAGGAGAACACCAUUGCCUUCCGGCACCUCUUCCUGCUGGGCUACUCGGACGGGGCAGACGACACCUUGGCAGCCUACACUCGGGAGCAACUCUACCAGGCCAUCUUCCACGCCGUGGACCAGUACCUGAUGCUCCCUGACGUGUCCCUGGGCCGGUAUGCAUACGUGCAGGGUGGGGGCGGCCCCUGGGCCAACGGCUCGGCCCUGGCCCUCUGCCAGCACUACUACCAACAUGGCCAUGUGGACCCAGCUAACGACACCUUCGACAUCGACCCGAUGGUUGUUACUGACUGCAUCCACGUGGACCCGCCAGAGAGGCUCCCUCUACCCCCCGGUGAUCUCUCCCUCUCAGACAGCAGCGACAGCUACAGGAACCUCACACUCAAAUUCCACAAGCUGAUCAAUGUCACCAUCCACUUCCAGCUGAAGACCAUCAACCUCCAGAGCCUGAUCAACAACGAGACCCCAGACUGCUACACCUUCAGUGUCCUGAUCACGUUUGACAAUAAGGCGCAUAGUGGGCGUGUCCCCAUCAGACUGGAGACCCAGGUCCACAUCCAGGAGUGUAAGCACUACAAAGUCCUCAGGCACGGAGACAACAGCUUCCAGCUCCUGUUUGACAUGGUGGUGAUCCUCACCUGCACUUUGUCCUUCCUGCUGUGUGCCCGCUCGCUGCUCCGCGGCUUCCUGCUACAGAGUGAGUUUGUUAGAUUCAUGUGGCGGCACCAGGGACGUGUCAUCAGCCUGUGGAAACGGCUAGAAUUUGUCAACGGCUGGUACAUCCUCCUGGUCACCAGCGAUGUGCUCACCAUCUCAGGCACCAUCAUAAAGAUGGGCAUCGAGCACAAGAACCUGGCGAGUUAUGACGUCUGCAGCAUCCUCCUGGGCACCUCCACGCUGCUUGUCUGGGUCGGUGUGAUCCGCUACUUGACCUUCUUCCAUAAGUACAAUAUCCUCAUCGCGACCCUGCGGGUGGCCCUGCCCAGCGUCAUACGCUUCUGCUGCUGCGUGGCCGUUAUCUACUUGGGCUACUGCUUCUGUGGCUGGAUCGUGCUGGGGCCUUACCAUGCGAAGUUCCGCUCUCUGUCCAUGGUGUCGGAGUGCCUGUUUUCACUCAUCAACGGAGACGACAUGUUCGUGACUUUCGCCGCGAUGCAGGCGCAGCAGAGCCGCAGCUACCUUGUCUGGCUCUUCUCCCAGCUUUACCUCUACUCCUUCAUCAGCCUGUUCAUCUACAUGGUGCUCAGCCUCUUCAUCGCCCUCAUCACGGGCGCCUACGACACCAUCAAGGUCAGCGUGCAGCCCCCCACCCCCGGCCUCCAUUCUCGUGGAUCCCUCGAGUCGGCCAUAGUGGGUCUUGGGCACACGCUGGGUAAGGAGAUAAGCCCCCAGGGGAGACUACAAAGCCAGAGGAGAGGGUACUUCGGAAUCGGGGGCCCCCCCCAUAUCCCUGGUAGGUUCCUGCCUCUGCUUUUGCCAACAGGAAAGCAAGUCACGGUAACUUGCCUAGAGACAGACUCAAUCCAGCACUGUCUGUUUCUGGAAACCCCACUCCUGAGUGCAGUGUCUGGUGGUAGGGGCUGUUUGGGUCCUGGGAAAGGUAGUUAUCCUGCAGGCUGUAGGGGUCAGGAGAGGAUGGAGUCAGAGCAGAAUGUAGAGGUGGCAGGUGGACAAGAUUCUUGUAGCAAACGUGUCUGAGGACCUGUUGUGGGCCAAGCCCUGAGUUGGGUGCCAGGUAUCUGGUUAUCAGGCGUCUGUCCAAGGCUGGCGGGCAAGAUGGCUAACGUGACUGGAAGUGUGAAGAUGGCUGUGAGAGGUAUGAGGGAAGUAUGAAAGGUUACAGAGGGACCCCCCUCUAAUCUAAAGGUAUAGGGGUGAGUCCAGGAAAGUGUCUAGAGUGUGCUAAUUCUAGACUCUAGUGAUGGGACGAUUUAAAUUUUUAUUUUAAUGGAAAUGAAAUACAGUAUCAAACACAAGUCCUCAUUCACAGCACCCACACAUCGAGUGCCAACAAGCCUCUGUGACUUCAUUGGCUACCAGAUUGGACAGCAAAGAUACAAAACAUUUCUGUCCUCUCAGAAAGUUCUAGAUUGAAGAGAGGGAACCCACAGGGAAUGAACAUCUGAAGCAAACGCUUAGUAACCAGAAAGGGGAUGAUGCCUUGAGGAAGAGAUGGGGGCUCCCCAAGCUUGGAAGGGGUUUUGCUGAAAACCAGAACAUGAACUGGGCUGGGAUGCAGACGUGGAUACUGUCCCCGGGGCUGGAGGCGUCCAAACAUCACAUACACAUAUCAGCUUGAGCACAAGCCCAGACCUUGGCCCCCAACUCAGUAGGUUAUCAGACAUCCAGAUUUUGUCUGUGGAGGCUGCAGACGGCGCAGAGGGCACCAGCUGACAAGAUGUGUGGUGCGCAUGCACUUAGGGGUCAGGAGAGAUCUGUGGAAAGGAACCACGAGGAACAAUAAAUAGGAGGAACAAUAAACAGGCGGAGGGCACAGCGGGUAUAAAGGCCCAGAGGUGGGACCCUGCUGGUCAAGGAGGGACUGCGCGGAGAUCCAGAUCCAGGGGAGAGCAGCCCUCCAGGAACGUGGGAGUCAGCCACUCAUGCAGGGCCCCGGCCUCUCCCCCCAGCACCCGGGCAGUGCCGGCGCAGAGAAGAGCGAGCUCCAGGC